GUUAAAUUACAUCGUAGUGCAAAUUUUAUAACCGGCUACGGUAUAUUAAAGAAGAUAGGUGCAGACUAUGCCACCAGAGUAUAUGGCAUAGGAAUGAUUCUCAUUAUCAAUACUUGCGAAAAUUAG